AUGUCAACUGUUAGGUUUCAUGAGAGUGAUGAACAGCCAACAGUGUUUACAAGUGAACAAUGGCAGGCCAUCAAAGCAUUAUUUUCAUCAAAAUUCGAUCGUCCAGGUUCAUCAGGUAAUUUCGCAACAUCAUUAACAGUGGCUGUUGAAGCAAUUAGAGAAUUCGACAAAUAUUUUGAAAGUUUGUCGCCAUCAUUAACUGGUAAAGACAAAGAAGCAUUGUUCAGUAUCAAAACAGGUUUUGCGGAGACUCGGCAUCAGAUAUAUCAAUGUGCUGCUGCAAUGGAAGUACGAUACAGAAAAUUUAAGUUAAAAAUGCCUAUAGAAUUGAUUAAACAUUUGCAAACUAAAGAAGAUGAAAUUAGUUUUAAACAAUUAAAUAUACAAGCACAAAAAUUACAAGCAGAACUUACUUUGUUCCAUACAACAUAUUUAUUGACCAUGAUUAAAAAUGUCAGUAUUAUUUUCGCAGCUAUUGGCCUUGGACUUUGUAUUAUUGGUCGAACAUUUAGUUCAUUACUACCAUCUGACGAAACGUGGGGUACGUUAUUUUUUAUUCUUGGUAUUCCGACAUUGUUAGCCGGAAUUAUUGGAUUUAUUAUUGUCAAAGUUCAAGAAUAUGGUCGCAAUCCGUCAACAACCGUAAGAUAUUUAGAAGAAUUACAGUCACAAAUGGAUAAGCUUCGUUUUCAGUUCGACGAUUUAAAAGCUCAAAUUGUUGAAGACACUCCACAUGAAAUUAUGCAAGGAGAGCUUGAUGUUAUUAUUGAUGGAAUCAAAGAACUGAAAUUAUUAUGUUUUCCGUAA